AUGCAUAUUGAUUGUUUGCAAGCAUAUGGUGAUUCACAGUUAGUCGUCAGACAGUUGAAUGGCCAAUACGCAGUCAAAAAUGCUACUCUCGUCCCAUACCAUGAAAGGGCAAAGUAUCUCAUGUCACAGUUGCAAGACAUUCAUGUGAGUCACAUCCCGAGGUCAGAAAAUGAUAAAGCUGAUGCACUAGCUAAUUUGGCUGCAUCGUUAACGUUACCUGAUGAAAGGGAUAUCCAAAUCACGGUUAGGGAACGUUACUUACUACCCCAAGCUAUAGAGAGAAUUGAAGAAGUUGUUGAUUCAAACAUCAUCACGGCUUCCGAAUGUGAGGAGGAACCAGAUGAUCUUGAUUGGUGUCAUCCCAUAAUCGAGUAUCUCCAACAUGGCAAGUUGCCAGAUGACUCAAGGAAAAAGGCCGAAGUCCGACGCAGGGCCACAGGGCCACUCGACGCAACUAAAGCCCUUCAUGAUACUCAUGCUGGCACUUGCGGUGCUCAUCAAGCUAGUCCAAAACUCUCAAACCAACUGAAGAGUUUGGGUUAUUACGGGGCAACAAUGGUCCGAGACUCAAUGAAAUUUGCAACCAAAUGUAAAGAUUACCAGUUACAUGGAGACUUUGUUCACUAG